AGCGGACCGGGGAGCAAGGAGGGGGCGGGGCCUGUGGGUAGGCCCACCCAGCCGUGGUUACCAUGGCAGCGGCGGCCGGCGGCCUGUGCUGAGGGAGGAUGGAGCCAGGCGCGGCUUCCAAAUGGGAGAAAACCCAGUAAAGCCCCAGCUCUAAUGCAACUGGCGCAUUCACCCCGACCUCGACACCUUAAUCUACCUAUUAACCAAAAAAAAAAAUAAUAAAACCACAAACAUGGCGGAUAACGACAACUCAUCGUCUGCUAAGCCCUUUGUCGGGGAGAUCAAAACUGGGCUGAAACCAUCCAUGAAAAUGAGCAUCACCGGGAUAGUUCAUUCACACCCCAGCAGCUUUGUACUAAGUCUCAUCAGCAACCCUUCAGAACCAGAGACGGAUGUAGGCCUUGAGGUGGCUAUUAACUUCCAGGAUCGCUCAGUUGUAAGGAAUGCCAAAGUUUCAGGCAAAUGGGGAAAAGAAGAGAAAAAUAUACCUUAUUUCCCUUUCACACCUAUGCAGCACUUCAAGAUGGAAAUCCUAUGCGAACACCAGCAGUUCCGGGUCCAGGUCGAUGGACAGCGGCUAUUUGACUUUACGCAUCGCAUCCAACAACUACAAAAACUAACUGCUUUAAAAAUUACAGGUGACGUUCGACUGACGAAAGUAGCCUGAUUUUUGUAAUAAUGGUUCUAAAGAAAAGACAACUUUAGAAGCAGGUGAUUUUCCCAGCUUUUAUAACUCAGUUAAUUAUUUUAAAGUCUGCAGACUCUCUGAUCCUGCUCCAACUGGCCUUCUGAGCAGCAGCAUUAAUUUUUUGCAAAAAUUGGAAGAGUGCUUUUUAAAAAAAAAAAUUAAACUUGCAGCAUUUGUUCAAGACAGUUCUGUGCACUCAAGUUUCUCAAAAAUUGAACUUGACUUUUAAAGUGUACCAACAAAUUGGACAAAGUUAAGAGCUUUUUCCUUUCUGUAAUUAAAUAUUUUGGAUGUUCUGAGGCUCGUCUGCAUUUGCUUUUUGUUUACAUCUCUUUGCAAACAGUCAGCCUUCCCAAUUCUUUAAUAAUGGCUUUCUGUGUCCAAUAAUUUGGAGUAUGUCAGAAAACACAUGUACAAUAAAGGACAUAUUGGCCCCA